UUGGGUUUUGUAACUCUUUACGAUUGAUUACAAAACAAAUAGUCAAUAUUUUCUACUGGUGCAGGCAAGACUGUAUAAAGGUAGGUCACCAAACAGGCAUGGCUCAUACUUGCAUUCACUGGUUCCGCAAGGGGCUCCGACUGCACGACAAUCCAGCACUUGUGGCUGCAUUGCGGGACUGCAAGGAGAUCUACCCUGUGUUUGUUCUGGACCCCUGUGCCCCCAACAACGUCAACAUUGGCAUCAACCGAUGGAAGUUCCUCAUAGGAGCCCUUAAAGACUUGGAUUGCAGCCUGAGGAAACUCAAUUCUAGGCUGUUUGUGGUGAGAGGUAAUCCAGAGGAGGUCUUUCCUAAGCUGUUCCAGAAGUGGAAGGUGACGCGGUUGACGUAUGAGUAUGACACAGAGCCCUUCAGCCUCCGCCGGGACAAGGAGGUGGUCCGGUUAGCUGAAGCGCAUGGAGUAGAAAUCAUCUACAAAGUCUCCCACACACUCUACAACAUAGACAGGAUAAUUGAAGAGAACAACGGAAAGGCUCCCCUGACUUACAAUCGGCUGCAGACCCUUGUCAGUAGUAUCGGUCCCCCCAAAAGGCCUAUCCCCGCUCCAACGAGUGAUGACAUGAAGGAUGUAAAGACUCCGUGCUCAGAGAAACAUGAGGAAAACUAUGGCAUCUCCACGUUAGAGAAGUUGUAUCAGGAUCCAGAGUCUUUGACUGAGGAGCUGUUCCCCGGUGGAGAGCAAGAGGCUAUGCGGAGACUGGACCAACACAUGGAGAGAAAGGAAUGGGUGUGUGACUUUGAGAAACCACAGACGUCCCCAAACUCCCUGAGCCCCAGCACCACCGUCCUCAGCCCUUAUAUGACAUUUGGCUGCCUGUCAGUACGCACCUUCUGGUGGAGUCUAACCGACGUCUACCAAGGGAAGAAGCACUCCCAGCCUCCCGUCUCGCUGCAUGGCCAGCUGCUGUGGAGAGAGUUCUUCUACACAGCCGGCCUGGGCAUCCCCAACUUUGACAAGAUGGAGGGAAACCCGGUGUGUACACAGGUGGACUGGGACAGCAACUCUGAGUAUCUGGCUGCAUGGGCAGAGGCCAGGACUGGUUUCCCCUUCAUCGAUGCCAUCAUGACCCAGCUGAGGCAAGAGGGCUGGAUCCACCACCUGGCCCGGCACGCCGUGGCCUGCUUCCUGACCAGAGGAGACCUUUGGAUCAGCUGGGAGGAGGGCCAGAGGGUAUUUGAGGAACUCUUAUUGGAUGGAGACUGGUCCCUGAAUGCUGGGAACUGGCAGUGGCUCUCUGCUAGUACUUUCUUUCACCAGUUCUUCAGGGUCUACUCGCCCAUCGCCUUUGGGAAGAAAACGGACAAAAACGGAGACUACAUCAAGAAAUACCUGCCCCACUUGAAGAAGUACCCAGCUCAGUACAUCUACGAGCCGUGGAAGGCUCCCCGCAGCGUCCAGGAGGCAGCAGGGUGCAUCGUAGGUAAGGACUACCCGCGGCCCAUAGUGGAGCACGAGGUGAUCAGCAAGAAGAACAUCCAGAGGAUGAAGGCAGCCUAUGCAAAGAGAUCCCCACAUUCCAGUGAUGAGUCACCCAGCAAGAAUGAGAAAGGUUUGUUUCCCCUAGGUACAGCUAUAGGAUCAGCUUCCCCUCCCCUAACCUUAACCAUAGUAUAGGAUAACACAGAGCGCCAUAUUCUGACUUUGGAUCUGCAUGCUCAAACUUGCAUGCAAAUCUCCCAAUGAUAUCAAUAAAUGAUAUGCGAAAGUCCAAGUUGUGCACAUGGAUCAAGUCAGAAUAUCACCCUGAAUACCUUACAAAUUACUACUUAAAUCGCUAGUACUGACAACUAACGUUACUGUUGAUGAAAGGACAAAUUGUCAGUUUUUAGGACAGGGACUGCAGAUUAGCUGUUCCUUGUCCAAAUAAACAUAAUAAAUAUGUACUGCUAUAUCCUUGAUGGAAUGAUUCAUUGGAGCUCAUUGUUUGCAAUUAGGGAUGUGACAAAUGUACACUUUCUUAGCGUUUAAACUUCCAUUUAUCGUUAAAGCGUAUAUAAAAAUCUCAACGCAGUCCUGGCUACCUACCCAACGUCACUCCCCUUACUGCUGUCCCCCAUUCAUUCAGUAACGAUGGUAUAAAUGCAGUUUUAGGUUCUCUUUGUGCCUCUCCUCCAUGUUCUCAGUACAUGGGACUUCAUGUCACACUUCUCAUCAAUAUGAUGACUCGUUGCAGCGUGUUCAUAGACGUCCAACAAUGGUGUUUGAGAGCAAUCGUUGUACAAUUUCUCCAUCAGGUUCGUGGUGGUUUUUCGACAUGGCAUCUUGUAGUCUGGUUCUAGAUAUGCCAUUAGGGUAUUGAAGCAGACAUCCUCUACCAUUGACAAUGGCUGCAAUCAUAGAUUUUUUUCACUCCGUCCCUUAUCCCACUGCUGCCAGCAACGGGAUGGGUCUCACGGUGCCUCCCUUUCAGCAUUGCACCAGUACUGCUACUGUAGCUCAAUUCCCCCUCAAAGUUUGGAUUUCAUCACCUUCUCAUUUAACUAAAGUAUUGCCAUACAAGACUUAGCUGCUGUCGCUUUCAUGUCUCACUGCCAUUUUCCCAACUAAUAAUGACAGUGAGGUGCGGAGUGCUUUAUCAGUGGCAAAUAAUUAGAAAGAUGCAUGUCAUCUAUUUAUAGUUGUUGUAGCAUUAUUUGCAAAAAAUUAUAAUUCUAAAUGUUGACGAUCCCAAAUUCAUUUAAAACAUCACACCCCUAUUUGCUAUGGUUUGAAUUUAUAGUAAUGGACUAACUCUUUCUCUUGCUUUUGAAGGUAGAAAACACAAAGCGCCAUCUGUAUUGGAUAUGCUGAUAAAGAAGAAGAAAUGAUAGAGUUAAUGAUAUUGUUUUGGAGAAGUGUUCAUCUACUCCAAUUAGAGCUUGAGUGGAAGCUGCCAUGUUACAUUUUGUCUAUCGGUUUACAUGUCACAUUUACAUUAUGACUUUCAAUGUAUGGGAAUUGGUGGGCUUUUUCCCCAGUAUGUGCUGAAAAUAAAAACUCUUUGGCUAAACAUUC